GUUACCUUUAUGCAAACCAUAUUGAAUUGAAUUAUCCAACUAUCGCCAUUAUCCUCAUCAACUGCCAGUCCAUAUUCGCAUGCAGUCGUUGAUAUCAUCUCCAUCGACCGCUACAUCUUCCUUCUGUUGAAUUGCAUUCAGGAUAUUGGAAAACUUUGGACUUUGUGGAAAACACUUCGAAUUCUCAAUUCAAAUUCCAACAAUGGCUUCCUCAUCCACACCACCAACUCCCCUUCUCUAUUCUUGUAUCUCUCACAAUACGACCAUUCUUGCCGAGCAUACCACAUCCGCCGCUUCGCAAACUUCAUCCCUAGCCUCCCUUGUCCUUCCAAAAAUUAAGCAUGAUGAACCUCAAAAAUUGACUUACACUCACAACAACUCCUUCAUUCACUAUAUGGCAUCUGCGCCCUCUGAAUACCCUGCUUCCGAAUCGUCUGCGGGUGGACUCACAUUCCUCGUGAUCGCCGAUGCCUCUCUCGGCCGCCGCAUACCGUUCGGGUUUCUUUUCGAGAUCAAAAAGCGCUUCUUUACAUCUUUUCCACCUUCUACUACAGACUUUUCCGAUUUAGGAAGUUACGGCGCUGGAUCAUUCAACUCCGAACUCAAGAAAUUGAUGGUAGAAUACGGAACAACCCAGGGUGGCAAAGAGGAUGCGAUUAAGAACGUGCAGGGUGAAAUUGAUAAUGUGCGAGGGAUUAUGAGUCAAAAUAUCGAAAGUCUCCUGGAAAGAGGUGAGAGAAUUGAUCUGCUCGUUGACAAAACGGAUAGACUCGGUGGAAGCGCAUCGGAAUUCAGAAUCAGGAGUAGAGGCUUGCGCAGACAGAUGUGGUGGAAGAAUGUGAAGUUGAUGGUACUUCUGACUGUUGUUAUCAUCUUCUUGCUCUACUUGUUUGUUGGGUUUGGAUGCGGAUUACCGGGAUGGCAAAAAUGUGUUGGAUAGGUGCAUUGCAGAGAAAACGGCAUAAUGUGGGUUGAGAAAGCCGUGCAUUGAGUUCAAAUUGACCAUUGGAGAGGAUCAACAUUAGGGUUGGGGACUUUAUACCACGGCGUGGAGUUUUGGGAUGCGGCUUUAUGUUAUUUUAGUAUACAUACUUUAUGGGUUUAUAAGGACAAGCAAUUGAUGGGUUAUUUA